AUGUCUGCAUUUGACCGGUUUAAUAUCCACGCGCAGUUGGAACAUUUGCAGAGCAAGUAUCAGGGCUCUGGACACUCCGACACUACUAGAUGGGAAUGGUUAACAAACAUCCACAGAGAUACAUUGGCAUCGCACGUAGGACAUUAUUCGAGAUUAGCUUAUUUCGCCAUUGUAGAGAAUGAACCAGUCGCCAAAAUAAGAUAUCGCUGUCUGCAGAAUAUGUCACUUCCCGUUGUUCCAAAGCCAAAAAAAGAGUCGAAGCAGUGA